GAAAUGAACAAGCAAAUAAAAGUGGGAGAUCACAGACAAGUGCAAUCCAUAUGGGUCCCAUGUGGGGUGUUCUAAACUAGGGUAGUGUUCCAUAUUUUCACACACUUCACUUCUCAUUGGGAUGUCCGCACAAACCCCUACUUCCAUCUCUCACAAACACACUCUUUUCAAUUUUCAUCAUGCUUUACCCUUUUAUUUUAUUUUUAUCACUAAAUUCCAUAUAUAAAUAGAAAUACACCCAACACAAACAACACAACCUUAAAUAUCAAACAAGCCCUUUCCGACCCCUACAAACUUCCACUACCUUAUCUCAUUCUUCAACACUCCCAAAACGCCCAUGGAAGAUCAAAUCCACAACAAAACCAAUUCCACCACGUGCUUAAAACUCUUUGGUUUCAGCGUCCACGAAGAAAACAACGACCAAUCAUCCUCACCACAACCACUACCACCAUUUGAAGACGGUACUAGAAACACUUCACCGUCUGGUUCCACUGAAUCCGUCAGCGGAGACGGCGGUGCUUCAAGUUUAAAUCCUUCCUCCGGCGACCGGAAAUACGAGUGUCAGUAUUGCUGUCGAGAAUUCGCGAACUCGCAAGCUCUUGGCGGACAUCAAAACGCGCACAAAAAAGAGCGCCAACAGCUCAAACGCGCACAGUUACAAGCUUCGCGAAACGCUGCAGUUUCGUUUGUUCGAAACCCGAUUAUUUCCGCCUUUGCACCGCCUCCACAUCUGCUUGCUUCCCCGGGACAAGUUAUGAUGCCGACUGUUCCUCCGUCGUGGGUCUACAUGCCGCCGCGUACAGCGCCUCCUCCUUUCCACGUUUCAGUUUCACAUGGUUGCGCUUUCCCGUCGGUGAACAACAGUAACAACGGUAUUAGUAACUGUAACGGUGGUGGUGGUAACAAUUAUAGCUUUAUAACGAGUGCAAGAUCCGCAGGUGCAGGUUUGUUACCGUGUGUUAGCGGAGUAGGGGAUUCUUCAGCCACAUUGUCAACGAUGGGCUCACAAGUACAGAAUAUGGCCCAGUAUGGGAAACUUGAUGGGCCAUCUUUGAGUAGGUUCUCAAAAGGAGAUGUAGGGCCCAACUUUGACGAUGGUUUUGGUUUGAAUUUGCAUCUUAGUCUGUCCCCGCCGUGAUGGAUCGGCAUAACUAAAUUCGGUUUGGAUGGUUCAACUUGUUUCUUUCUUUCUUUUCUAAUAAUAGACAAAAUAUUAGUAAUUAGUUACUAUUAUAUUACGGUUUUCUCUAUUACUAGGUUCAAACUCCAGUUCUUCCAACUUCUUCAACCAUUAGUUCAGAUCUGUAUUCAAUUGUGACUGAAUAUCAUAUGAUGUAGCAAUAUGCAGAUUCAAGCUCCAUAGGCCGUUUACGGUGGCAUAUAUGGCUGCUAGUAGUAGUAGUUCAGCUUCACAUCUUGUACAUUUUUUCUUAGACAGUUAUUUCUUUAUUUUUUUUCCCUCAAGAAAUUGAUUAAUUUCACUUGAAAAGGAUUGCAGUAAUUAAUUUGCCUAAGGACAACAUACAUGUACACAAGUUUAUAUUUAAUAUUUUGUACAUCGCCAAGCUCUA